AAGAAGAGACACAGCCAAACGUACAGAACCUCAAAAUCAAAUAUUUUUUGGUCUGGGCAUAGAAUUCUAGACUGUAAUAGAAUCUCAUAUUUCAAUGCAUAGAACCCCCUUAAAUGAGAAAUGGCGCAUUAACACAAAAUUGACUAUAUUGCCUUGCAUGGUCAUCGUCUGAAUAAAGAAAGUACAAGCCCAGUCUAGAGACUUACAAGGUUACUAUCUUAACCUUGUUGCAUGCUAGUAAUUGCCAUCAUGUGAUAUCGUGGGAACAAUUAAGUCUUCAUUUAGUUUUGGUACCAAUGGCCUUAAAGCAUACACAAAGCCUUUUCCGGGCAAAGUUUCUGCGAAAUAUCCAUCAUCACUCACCCGCCAUAGUAGAAGCUAAAGCAAAUCUGACACAGGCAGUUACCGAGGCAGAAAAGGUAGUGGGCUACCCUACCUCCUUCUUAAAUCUACGCUGGUUGCUUACUGACGAACUAGCAAAUGUCGCAAAGCAUAUUCGGAAGUUAAUUAAAGUGAAUCACCCUUUAAUCGAGGAAGCGAGGAAAAUAUUUAUGGGGAACAACAACGAUAUGCCUUCUUGGGGUCUUAUCGUCUUAUUAGUUUCGAAUUCGUGUGGUAUAAAGGAAAGCUUUUCCGAAUAUGAUCGCGAUACGAGCUCCGGAGUUUUAUAUAGUCAAAGGGCAUUGGCGGAGGUAACUGAAAUGAUACGCAUCAGUAACAUUCUUCAUAAGAAUGUUGUAAAUGUCGAUAAGAAAAUGUUAGAUGAGUUGGCGGAUCUGAACUUCGGUAACAAGUUGGCUAUGCUUAGUGGAGAUUAUUUGCUAAGUAAAAGCUUUCGCGAACUUGCCCUGCUAAAAAAUUCAGAUUUAAACGAAUUGAUGUCAUCUUCACUACGCGAUUUGGCCGAAGCCGAUUUUAUUGGAAUUGAAACCGAAUUCGCGGCGCAAUUACCGUGCAAACCAGUCAACGCGCCAACUGCCUUGAAAAUCGUUGAUCAUUUUGGAACAGAACCCCACAAAGUACACGAGAUUUUGGGAAAUCCCAUCGCGGAAUGGACGCUAAGAACCACCUUAGGGGGCGCCACUUUGCUAGCAAAAUCCUGUCGAGGUGCUUUGAUCCUUGCUCGACAUUCCGAACCCCUACAGAAGUUAGGUUUUUUGGUUGGAAAAAAUAUAGCACUUGCUUGCCAAGCGAAGAUCGAUCAAGAGCCAUUUUUACCAGGACAGUCGGGUACAUUUAGUUUAAUCAGCGCACCUGUGAUGGUGCAUUUGAAUCAUUUUCCUAAUUUUUAUGAGAAAUUGAUGACCUCAAACAUUGACUAUGACAGUAUUAGACAAGAAAUACAAAGUGGUCCUGGUUUAGAAGGUGCGCAGGAUUUACAACAACAUUUUUCAAAGGAAGCGUUGCGUGUAUUGAACGAGUUACCGAAUUCUGAUGCUCGAAUAGCUUUAGAGAAUAUUGUUAAAACGUUACAUAGUUCUGAUUUGUAGUUCCUAUUUAGCAAUGUGAAUAUCUAGUCAUUGUAAGUAGAUGAUUCAUCUACAUGCUAGGCAUUCUUAGUUUCCAGAUAUUUUUGCUGUUAUUGUUUUGUUUUUAAGAAAAGCAAUAAAAAGAGUUAAUAUACACUAG